AGCGACAUACGUUAUCUUAAACUAUGUGACUGAAAUACACAUAAACAUCUCAUUUUGAGACAUACACUCUAGACUUACGAAUGAGGUCUGUGAAUCUACUAACUGGUUCACUUUGGUCUGUCUUAUUACCUGGAAGGAGUCUCUGCUUUAUAUGUAAUUAUGGCUCGUUUAAAUUGUCAGCACUUAAUCCUGUAACAAACGUUGGAAUACUCCAACUCCGCUUCGUCGUCCCCGUUUACCAUACUCAUCGUCCGGCGAACUGUGAGGGAGCGCACCCAGGCAUCCAUGGGCUCUGUGUUGCUAUCUCGCCGCUGUUGUGAUUGUGGCGUCUGUCCCUGCCGAGAGGAGCUUUCUGCCGAGAGGAGCUUUCUGCCGAGAGGAGCUUUCUGCCGCUGAGUAUGCCGGCCGGGGCUGCCUGGCUAUCGGCUCAUUUCUUCUCUUUGGGGUGCGCAGUCGCUGUGUGACAUGCUGAGCGUGGACUCAUUACAGGUGGCCGAGGAGGAGGUGGUGGAGUCCAGCUCCAACAAACUCUCUGACAUCUACACUUUUGUGGCCAAAGGCAGCCUCCCGCAGACGAUGAAUCCUUUACAGAAGAAGAAUUUCAAAAGAUACGCCCAGAAGUUCAUCUUUGAUGAUGGAAAAUUGUAUUAUGUGGGACCCAAAAAGGAUGAGAAAAGGGAAGUGGUGAUCGAGGCUGAGAGGAAGAGGCAGAUUUUCCUCGACUGCCACUUCAAUGACAUCGGCCAUCACCAGGGCCAGAAGAAGACCGUCCACAGGAUCCAGAGCAAGUACUACUGGCUGGGCAUCAUCAAGGACGUAGUGGACUGGAUCAAACUGUGUGAGACCUGCCAACAAACGGAGAGGAACAAGAACCUGGCCAGGACCGUUCGGCCCAUUAAAGUGGACGCGCCCUGGGAUAUAGUUGGGAUAGAUGUCAUAGGGCCCUUGACUGAAAGCCAGCAUGGCAACAAAAGUGUGAUACUAUUCAUAGAUUAUUUUAGUAAAUGGCCAGAGGCUUUCCCCACGCAAACAGCAGACCCGCCGUCAGUGGCCAGGUGUAUCUCGAAGUGUGUGUACAGGUUCGGAGCCCCUAAAACAAUAGUGUGCGCUCAGACUCCAGAGUUCUGUGAAGAGGUGUCAAAAUUACUGUGUGAGAAGUGGAGCUUGGUGCAGAGAGUGUCUCCUCUGGAUCAACCUCAGCUCAACCCGCUGCACGACUGCACGGCGCCGCUGCUGAAGGAGGCCGUGGUGCAGAUGGUGACGGAGAAGCAGGGCGACUGGGACAACUUUCUGGACCCGGUGCUCUUUUUCUUCCGGACCUCGGCCAACCCGACCACCAAGUUCACCCCGUAUUCACUCAUGUAUAACCGCAAGGCCAAUUUUCCCAACGAGACCACACAGACCCUCCUGAGUUAUGACGACCAAGAGCAGGAUGCUUGCAAAGAGAAAGCUUCUACAUAUAUGGACAUAAUGCAGGCGCAACAGAAUGCUGUCAAACAGAUGGUAAUAGCCAACAUGAACGUGGCCUACAAGCAGGAGAAGAAGAAGAACGCCAAGCGCAGAACCCAGAACACGCCCCCCACCACAUUAAAAAUGAGCCCCUACAUUAAAACGGAGCCCCUGUUCGGCGUGGUGGACUCGCCCCCGGCCAAAAAGGUCAAAGAGAGCUUGUAUUUGUCGUUUCCCGUGGAUACGGUGCUGGCCACCCAGCAGAACAGCUCUGAGGACGUAAAGGCUGAGCUCAGGUACCACUUGGCUGAGCCUGAUGUCCACUGAGGAGGAUGACUCGGCAGAAAUACGACGCAUCAGCAGGGACUCAACGCAACUCAGGGCUGCCUGGAAUCUUGGGCAGAAGGUCAAAAGUCGACGUCAACAAGCAGUGGAAAGCGACCAAGAUGAACGCUGAGAUGCACUUGCAGUGCCUUGCAAAAAAUAAAAAUAAAAAAACAUCACUUCUUCA